UCAAGAACAAAACCUGAAGCAAGCUGAGCUUGGAGUUCACUUCGCAACUCAUAACGACCUCGGACACUGCCGCCCUGCCAUCUGUGGUCUGCGAGAGGAACACAACAACAAUGAGAGCAUCACUGAGCUUGUAUUCCAUGAUAGCUGUAACAUUCCUUGUGCUGCUUGCGCUGUGUGGAUGCGCUACCUCGGGGUCUUCAUACCAAAGCACGCGGAAUAAACCCAGGACGAUACGGGGCUUCAAGAACGUAGCCCUGUCCACCGCCAGGGGAUUCGGCAAACGCGACGGAGCGCUUACGUACCUAACAGGCAACGCUAACGGAGCAGCUGAACUAACACCUGACAGUCUGCCUGUAGAAUGGUUUGUGGAGGAACUGCGAACUAACCCCGAACUGGCGAGGAUCAUAUUACACAAAUUUGUGGAUGCUGAUCAAGAUGGAGAACUAUCCGCCGACGAGCUGCUGAGACCGAUGUACUAAUUGAAUUUUAACAUUCGCUCCUGCCGUACACUUUUUAGAUUCCAGAAACAAGACAGAUAUUUAUAUAAC